CGCCCCCCGCCCCGCGAGAAGAGCCAUGCAGGCCCGGCCGUGGUCCCGGCAGGAGACGCUAGCCCUGCGGAGGCAGCUCAUCGGCUCUUCCUGCAAGCUCUUUUUUCCUGAAGAUCCAGUGAAGAUUGUUAGGGCAAAAGGCCAGUAUAUAUAUGAUGAACAUGGAAGAGAAUACCUUGACUGUAUCAACAAUGUGUCUCAUGUUGGGCAUUGCCAUCCGGAUGUAGUAAAAGCAGCACAUGAACAGAAUCAGUUGCUAAAUACAAAUUCUCGCUAUCUCCAUGACAAUUUGGUGGAUUAUGCAAAGAGACUUUCUAAAACACUGCCUGAGAAGCUGUGCACAUUCUAUUUUUUGAAUUCAGGAUCAGAAGCCAAUGAUCUUGCCUUGAGAUUGGCACGACAAUAUACAAAACAUGAGGAUGUUAUUGUUCUGGACCAUGCUUACCAUGGACAUCUGACAUCCUUGAUUGACAUAAGUCCAUAUAAAUUCAGAAAUCUAGAAGGACAAAAGGAAUGGGUCCAUGUGGCUCCUCUCCCAGACACAUACCGUGGAAUAUACAGAGAAGACCAUAAAGAUUCAGUCCUAGCCUAUGCCAACGAAGUGAAAAAAAUAAUUGAUCAAGCACAAAAAAAGGGCAGAAAGAUUGCUGCAUUUUUCAUUGAAUCUUUGCCAAGUGUUGGUGGUCAGAUCAUUCCACCAGAAGGUUAUUUCCAGAUGAUAGCAGAACACGUACACAAGGCAGGAGGAGUUUUUGUUGCUGAUGAAAUUCAGGUUGGCUUUGGCAGGGUUGGCAAAUGUUUUUGGGCAUUCCAGCUUCAGGGAGAGGAUUUCGUGCCUGAUAUUGUCACUAUGGGCAAACCAAUGGGAAAUGGGCAUCCCAUCGCCUGUGUAGCAACAACUAAAGAAAUUGCAGAAGCAUUUGCAGACACUGGAGUGGAGUAUUUUAAUACAUUUGGAGGAAAUCCUGUUUCAUGUGCAAUAGGUUUAGCAGUUUUAGAUGUGAUUGAGAAGGAACAUCUUCAAGCACAUGCCACACAAGUAGGCAACUUCUUGAUGGAAUUACUGAAUCAGCAGAAGGUCAAGCAUCCUAUCAUUGGUGAUGUCAGGGGUGUUGGAUUAUUUAUUGGAGUGGAUUUGAUAAAAGAUCAAGAGAAAAGGACCCCAGCUACUAAAGAAGCUGAGUAUUUAAUAACAAGAUUAAAGAGAGAAUAUAUUCUGUUAAGUACAGAUGGUCCAGGAAGAAAUGUGCUUAAGUUCAAGCCUCCACUGUGCUUUACUAUGGACAAUGCCAAAUUAGUUGUGGACAAAAUGGAUGAAAUAUUAACAGACAUGGAAAGAGAAAAGACAUGUGAGCUAGUAGGAAGCCACCAUUAACUUUAGGCCUCAGCUCUAUCUGGCCAGAUCUUCUUGACUGGAUCUUCUUCCUUGAAAGUGAUGAACACAAAGCCUCUCCUUUUGUUGGUCUUUGGAUCCAUUGGAAGUUCAAUUG